UAUGCGGGAGAAGGAAGGGGUGGGAAUCUGAGGAGGAGACUAUAUUUUUAUUACUAUUUUUAAUUUUUUAAAAAUAUUAUUUUCGCCGUACAAAGAGGACGCUCGGAAUUCACCGGCCUGUCGGCUCCCGAGAGGGACCCGGGAAUUGUGCGGUCGCUUUUCUUCACCUGCUUUUAUUUAUUUAUUUUUUGUUUGUUUGGUUGGUUUGGUUAUUUGUUUGUUUUGACUGGGGGCUUUUUAUUUUUAUUACUCUCCAUAUCUUUCCCCGCUGAGCAGCGGCGGCAGCAGCAGCAGCAAUAUGGCUGGUGAUGGGCUUUUUGGGGGGCGCUGGCGGCGGGAGGAGCUCUCGGAAGCCCCUGCGCGCCCGGCUCGCUGUUAGCUAUGGCAAAUGGCAGCGGCGGCGGCUCCUACCCGGGCGGCAGCGGCAGCGGCAUUAGAAUGAGUAACAAUAUCAACGCCAACAAUCUCAACACAGACUCGUCCUCCUCCCCCGUCAAUGUGCCCAAGAUGGAUGCGCUCAUCAUCCCGGUGACCAUGGAGGUGCCCUGCGAUAGCCGCGGACAGCGCAUGUGGUGGGCUUUCCUCGCCUCAUCCAUGGUUACUUUCUUUGGGGGACUGUUUAUCAUCCUGCUCUGGAGGACCCUCAAGUACCUGUGGACUGUCUGCUGCCACUGCGGGGUCAAAAACAAGGAGGCCCAAAAGAUCAAUGGUGGUGGAGAUACACAGGCAGAUGGAGCCUGCAAACCAACAGAUGAAAAAGAGGAGAAUGUGGCAGCAGAAGUGGGAUGGAUGACGUCUGUGAAGGAUUGGGCAGGAGUCAUGAUAUCUGCCCAGACAUUAACUGGCAGAGUACUUGUUGUCUUAGUCUUCGCUCUUAGUAUUGGUGCUCUUGUAAUAUACUUCAUAGAUUCAUCAAAGAGCCGUACAGCAGACUCAUUGAUCCCAAUAGAAUCCUGCCAGAAUUUCUACAAAGAUUUCACAUUACAGAUCGACAUGGCUUUCAAUGUGUUCUUCCUACUCUACUUUGGCUUGCGUUUUAUAGCAGCCAAUGACAAGCUAUGGUUUUGGCUAGAAGUUAACUCAGUGGUAGAUUUCUUCACGGUCCCUCCAGUGUUUGUGUCAGUAUAUUUAAACAGAAGUUGGCUUGGUUUAAGAUUUUUAAGAGCCCUUAGACUGAUACAGUUUUCAGAAAUCUUGCAGUUUCUGAAUAUACUUAAAACAAGUAAUUCCAUCAAGCUAGUGAAUCUGUGCUCUAUAUUUAUCAGCACGUGGCUGACAGCAGCUGGGUUCAUACAUUUGGUGGAGAACUCAGGGGAUCCAUGGGAAAAUUUCCAAAAUAAUCAACCGCUAACUUAUUGGGAAUGUGUUUAUUUGCUGAUGGUUACAAUGUCCACUGUUGGCUAUGGAGAUGUUUAUGCAAAAACAACCCUUGGUCGCCUUUUCAUGGUCUUCUUCAUCCUUGGGGGAUUGGCCAUGUUUGCCAGCUACGUCCCUGAAAUCAUAGAGUUAAUAGGAAACCGCAAGAAAUAUGGUGGUUCCUAUAGUGCGGUUAGUGGAAGAAAGCACAUAGUUGUCUGUGGGCACAUAACACUUGAAAGUGUGUCGAACUUCCUGAAGGACUUCCUGCACAAGGAUAGGGAUGAUGUCAAUGUAGAAAUCGUCUUUCUGCAUAAUAUCUCCCCUAACCUUGAGCUGGAAGCUCUUUUUAAACGACACUUCACUCAGGUGGAAUUUUAUCAGGGUUCAGUCCUUAAUCCCCAUGACCUGGCAAGAGUGAAGAUAGAGUCAGCAGAUGCGUGCCUAAUCCUUGCCAAUAAAUACUGCGCUGACCCAGAUGCUGAAGAUGCCUCCAAUAUUAUGAGAGUUAUUUCCAUAAAGAAUUAUCAUCCGAAGAUAAGAAUUAUCACUCAGAUGUUGCAGUACCACAAUAAGGCCCAUCUACUAAAUAUCCCAAGCUGGAACUGGAAAGAAGGGGAUGAUGCAAUCUGUCUUGCUGAGCUGAAGCUGGGUUUCAUAGCCCAGAGCUGCCUGGCACCGGGCCUUUCAACAAUGUUAGCCAACCUCUUCUCUAUGAGGUCAUUCAUAAAGAUUGAGGAGGAUACAUGGCAGAAAUACUACCUGGAAGGAGUUGCAAAUGAAAUGUAUACAGAAUAUCUGUCUAGUGCCUUUGUGGGUUUGUCCUUCCCUGCAGUUUGUGAGCUGGUGUUCGCGAAGCUGAAGCUCUUAAUGAUAGCCAUAGAAUACAAGUCGGAGAAACGCGAAAGCAGAAGCCGAAAGCGUAUAUUAAUCAAUCCUGGAAACCACGUCAAGAUUCAAGAAGGUACCUUAGGAUUCUUCAUUGCAAGUGAUGCCAAAGAAGUAAAAAGGGCAUAUUUUUACUGCAAGGCCUGUCAUGAUGACAUCACAGAUCCCAAAAGGAUAAAAAAAUGUGGCUGCAAACGGCUGAUCUAUUCCAAGAUGUCCAUCUACAAGAGAAUGAGACUGGCAUGUUGUUUUGAUUGCGGACGCUCUGAGCGUGACUGCUCUUGCAUGUCAGGCAGUGUACAUAGUAACAUGGACACCCUUGAGAGAGCCUUCCCACUUUCUUCUGUCUCUGUUAAUGAUUGCUCCACCAGUUUACGUGCCUUUGAAGAUGAGCAGCCGUCAACACUAUCACCCAAAAAAAAGCAGCGAAAUGGAGGCAUGCGAAAUUCACCCAACUCCUCACCCAAACUGAUGAGGCAUGACCCCUUGUUAAUUCCUGGCAACGAGCAGAUUGACAAUAUGGAUGCCAACGUGAAAAAAUACGACUCUACAGGGAUGUUUCAUUGGUGUCCAGCCAAAGACAUCGAAAAGGUUAUUUUGACUCGAAGUGAAGCAGCGAUGACAGUUUUAAGUGGGCAUGUAGUCGUUUGCAUAUUUGGGGAUGUUAAAUCUGCUUUGAUUGGAUUAAGAAAUUUAGUGAUGCCAUUACGAGCCAGCAACUUUCACUACCAUGAACUCAAGCACAUUGUAUUUGUGGGUUCACUUGAAUACCUGAGAAGGGAAUGGGAGACACUGCAUAACUUCCCCAAGGUUUCAAUCUUGCCUGGUACGCCAUUAAGUCGGGCUGAUUUAAGGGCUGUCAACAUCAACCUCUGCGACAUGUGCGUUAUCCUGUCAGCCAAUCAGAAUAAUAUUGAUGAUGCUUCGCUGCAGGACAAGGAAUGCAUCUUGGCGUCACUCAACAUCAAAUCUAUGCAGUUUGAUGACAGCAUUGGGGUCUUGCAGGCUAAUUCCCAAGGCUUUACACCCCCUGGGAUGGAUAGGACGUCUCCAGACAAUAGUCCAGUCCAUGGCCUUUUACGUCAACCCUCUAUUACAACAGGAGCCAACAUCCCUAUUAUAACAGAGCUAGCUAAGCCUGGCAAACUUCUGCCUUUGGUUUCAAUCAGUCAGGAAAAAAACAGUGGAACCCACAUUCUAAUGAUAACUGAACUGGUAAAUGAUUCAAAUGUUCAGUUCUUGGACCAAGAUGAUGAUGAUGACCCCGACACAGAACUGUAUCUCACGCAGCCUUUUGCAUGUGGAACCGCAUUUGCCGUCAGCGUGCUGGACUCUCUCAUGAGCGCAACAUACUUCAAUGACAAUAUCCUCACACUGAUACGGACAUUGGUAACAGGAGGAGCCACACCAGAGCUGGAAGCGCUGAUUGCCGAGGAAAAUGCAUUGAGAGGAGGUUACAGCACGCCCCAGACACUUGCAAACAGGGACAGGUGUCGAGUUGCUCAGCUGGCUUUGUAUGAUGGGCCAUUUGCAGACCUAGGGGAUGGAGGUUGUUAUGGAGAUCUGUUUUGUAAAGCACUGAAAACAUACAAUAUGCUUUGCUUUGGAAUUUAUCGAUUAAGGGAUGCACAUCUAAGUACUCCCAGCCAAUGCACUAAACGUUAUGUUAUCACAAACCCACCAUAUGAAUUUGAGCUUGUGCCGACGGACUUGAUCUUCUGUCUGAUGCAAUUUGACCACAACGCUGGCCAGUCCCGAGCCAGCCUCUCUCAUUCCUCCCAUUCCUCCUACUCUUCCAGCAAGAAGAGCUCAUCAGUUCACUCCAUCCCGUCAACAGCAAACCGACCGAACCGCACCAAGAGCAGGGAUUCCCGGGACAAACAGAAUGCAACAAGGAUGAAUAGAAUGGGCCAAGCAGAAAAGAAAUGGUUUACAGAUGAGCCGGAUAAUGCCUACCCCAGAAACAUUCAAAUCAAGCCCAUGAGCACUCACAUGGCCAAUCAGAUCAAUCAAUAUAAAUCGACAAGCAGCUUGAUACCACCAAUACGAGAAGUUGAAGAUGAAUGUUGACUCCUUCGAAGCCAGAACUAUUUUUAUAAAGCCUGACAAACUUCAUGAAUGGUGAUGUUACAUUUAUUCCUCUUACUUGCUGAACCACUGAUGGAGAAGUUAAGAAGGGCACGCUUAAUGGGAAAAUAAAGUAGACAGAUCUUUGUUUGUCUGCCUUUAAUAUUGCUUCCACGUAUUUUGGAAACUAUUUCAUUUAUAAAUGAACAUAAUCAAAAUUAGUCAUGUAUAGCCUCUAGCAUUUUAAAUUAUUUUUAUUUAUUAGAAAAAAUAUAUUUUUCUUUUUUUUUUUCAUUGUUAAGUAUUUUCCCUUACAAAAUGGCAUAUGUGGCCAGACUCCUAAGAAUUAAAAAAAAAAAUUCAACAAACCCUCAGUCUUUGGCUUAAAGGAGAAUGAUGGUCACUGUUAUAAGGAUAUGUAAUUAAGGGAGACAAAUGAUAUAUUUGCAAAAAGGAAAAAAAAGGUCCAACUUGUAUUUUAGUAAAUCAAAAAAAAAAAAAAAAAAAAAAAAGAAAAAACCUACACUUCACCAAAAUGUUUCUUUAUUGGAAGGUGUGUAUUUUGUUCAGCAUUGACACCAGCUCUUAAUAAAUCAAACUUAUUUAUUUUCACAGUUUGAAAGUCAUAUUUUUGUACAUGUAACAUUCUUCUGAAAUAUUCUUUGUUUUAUUAAGAUAUGUAGAUCACGCUGACUGCCAGUUGUGUGCAGGUGCAGUAACCCCCCCACUGUGCCCUGCCCCUCCUCGCGGUGGCACACGGGGACACCCAGUGCCCUCGGGAGCACGCUGUGACACGGGCACAGGGAAUGGCACCACCCCAGCCAAGGGCCAUGGGCUCAAGGGGCACUUGCUGGAAAUGGCAAAUCUGGCAAUCGCACUUCACUUCCCAUUAGCCAUCCGCAGUUGCUAAUUUCAGGAAGGCAAGCUUGGCAAUUCUUCUUCUUUUGCCAUUAUUACAGUGAUUUUAUCCAGAGUGCAGAAAAUAGUGCAUGGAAGCAUCAGUUAAAAACCAUCUCAUCCACCACAUUUUGUUACUUCCUUACUUCACAAGUGCUGAUGGCCUUUCAUUGGCCUGAGGUGGUACAAAUUCUUCCUGAUAUGUAUAGAGAUUUAGCUCCACAUCCUUGCACUUUGGUGAAAGCUCAUAACCUGGUAAAGGGCACCCUGAAUCUCCUUUUUAUUAAUUUAGAUAAAGAUAAAAACUGGUUUAGCUUCAGCUCUACAAACUCAUAAUGUGCUGUCCUCAGUUAAUUCCUACAAUAAGCAAAAUCUUAUUUUAGCAGUUGUUCUUCUGGUUGGGUUUUUUUUUUUUUUUUUUUUUUUUAUUUAACUUUACUUUCCUGGGAUACCACACACAAAAGUACAGUAAUAACCAAAUAAAAAUAAUAAAAGUGAUGAAUGUAUUUAUUAUGCUAACAUGCAAAAGGCCUUUGAUGGGUGCCUUUUGUGUCAGCAGUUUCACGAAGUUGCCAACAAGCUUUAUAGCCAUCAGACAAAAAUGUGAUGUUUCAUAUCUGUGCUGCAGUAUCUACCCACCCAAGCAUUUAUGUUCUAAAUUAUUUAGUUACUCUCUCUAUCUCAAAUAAGCGACAUCUGACACAAUUGUGUGGAAACAAAAAAAAAAAAAAAAGAAAAAGAAAAAAAAGGGAAAGGCUGUGAUAGUAGGGAAACAAAAAACCAAAACCACAAAAUCAGAGUCAUCAGGAAAAGCAGAUUUUCAUUGUGCAAGUUAACUUUAGGCUUUGUAAUUUUGCAGAAUUGUUAAACACCACAAUUAAACAUAUGUGGUAUUUUUAUCAUUAGAGAAAUAUCAGUGAAUCAAACAAAUACAAAGCAGAUGAUGAAUUUAUUGUGAAAACAACGAUGUCCACUAUGUAAUCCAACAUUUAAGCCAAACUAUCUCAGCUUUAAUGUUUGUCCACUGGCUGCAGUACAAGUAUAACCAUACUAACACCUAAUAUGCUUUAUUCUGGAGUGACUUCUUGGACUGUGACUAUUUUGUUGUUACAUUUUGUAGAAUAGCUAUUUAAAGACAAUAAUGAGAAUUGUUAAUACGAUAUUUGUAAAAUUGGAUUGUUUAAAAUAUUUCACUCUUCUACAGAGUAACAAAAUGAUACAAGCAGUUUUUCAUUAUUAUUAGAUGCAUGUUUAAUGCAUUUCACAGUCCCCAAAAGAGAAGAGAAUUCCAGUGAGUUCUUCCAACAUAUGCUGCUUCAGCUAGUGACACGUUAUAAUUUACAUCCAGUUUCUGCAUUGGGUCAUGUUAAGCCUUUUCUUUGAAGUCAGUGCUCCUUUUUCAUUUAUGAACUGCAUUCACAUUAAACCAGAAUGAAAAAAAGCUGGUUCUGAGUACAGGAGAAUUGUAGAAACUUGUGUUCAACCUCAUCAAAUACAUAUGAAUUUUAAUUUAUUUUUCCUUAGAAGACUGGUGUUUAAUAUAGGGGAAUAGAACAUUAUAUCUUAUAAUAUACAGUGCCACUUCUGAGUGUCCUUCCUUUAGAAGUGAACAUUCACUGGAUAAAACAUAAUAAUAAAUCAAAUACAGCACCCCUACAUUGCUUAGGUCUGUGUGUGUCUCUUUCCAGUUUAACUGUCACACCCCAAAAUCCCAUGCUACUGUUUAUAAAUGAAGGACAAGACCUGAACACACUCACAAGCUCUUCUGGCACAGAGAGCUCCAUAUGCAAUGGUUGGAUAAAACAACACCCAUAGAGAGCAAACAACACAGAGAGAAACAGGUGGAGUUAUGGAUAUACAUUUCCUAUUUACAGAAAAGCUAAAAUCAGUGAUAUUUUCUUACUCCCUUUUGAUAAUUUUGAUAAUCAUAGAUGCAGGACUGAUGUCUGGAAAUUAGAUAGAGCAACAGAUAGAAAACUUGUUUCAAUCUUUGAUAUUCGGCGAUUAAAAAUUACAAUAAGUCCAGCACCAAUAAAUGGAUAUAUGAAGUUACAUCAAAGCUGGGAAAAGGCUGUGAAAGGGACCUAAGUGACAGCUGACAGACCACAUGAUGACUGGUUGACUGGUACAGAAAUCAAUUCUUGGUCUUUAUAAAUAUCUUUUACCCCUGUCUUAGAAGGCAAAGAUUAAAAAAAAAAACAAGUGGGGUAGGGAGGAUUUCCGGUUUUUUGUUUGGGGUUUUUUGUUUGUUUUUGGUUUUUUGCGGGGGGAUUUUUUGGCAUUAAUUGCAUGCACUACUGAUACAGGCUAUAGAAUGUUUUUUUGUAACUCAUGUGUUGGAUAAAUAGAGUGUCUGUGUGUGUGUGUGUUUGCAUACAUGCAUGGCCACACAUGCACACACACAUAUAUAUAUAUGUGGUUACACAUGUACACACAUAUGUAUAUGUGGGUACAGACACACACAUAUGUACAGGGGUGUGCAUGUGUUUGAUAGAGUCUUCACAAGAAGAUGUCAUCAUUUUUACUUUCUGUGAGAUGGGGUGAAGAAAGGCACAAAAAAGGAGAAAAUAAUGACUUGCAGGGUAGCACAUGUAAGAAUUUUUUUCUGCUAUUUCCACCUGGUUUGACCAAAACCCAGCCAUCCUGGUGAGUUUUAUGAGAGAUGCACUGGGAUUAUGCUGCAGAUUAUCACUGCUGCAGCUGGGUUGUGCUCCUGGCCCUCCUCACACCCCUGCACUUUUCUGCUCCCACACUGCCAGGAAGUCUGCUGGCUUCAUUUUAAUUUGUCCCCUGAAGCCCAUGAGCUUCAAGAUUAAAGGCUGAAACUGUCCUCUGAUAGAUUUGGUGGCAAGUGCCAAGCACAGCAAAAGUUAAGGUAUAAAGAAAAGAAGAUACCCAUAGUCUAAAUGCAAAUUUUAACACCUCAAUGUGAUUGUGUGGUUCCUUUUAAAAUAAUAAGUAUAUGAUGCAUUUGUUAAUAGGGAAAAAUAAGAUGCAAACAUUUUUCUUGUACUUUUUAAAAGCAUUCUAAAACUGUCACUGAUAUUUUAACUCCUUGUCUUUCAAAUCAGCAUCAGUAGGCCCAACAGUAUGGAAUACAUGGGACAGAAAAUACAAACCCCUUGAACUGGGCCAGGCAUGGUCAACUGGAUAUGAAAAGACCUAAGUGGCCUCAGCCAAAGGUAGGAAAGGGCAAAUAUAGUUUGCAAGCCAGGUAUAGGAGACACUGAAAAAGCAUUUAGCCUUUUAUUAUGCAUUGUUGGGUGGUGGUGGAUGAAGUUGGUUAUUUUUGACCUGCGAAGGAAGACUUUGUAUUUCUUGAACUCUUCAUGUAGUAGAAAGAGAAGGAGAAAGUAAAAUAAUGUGUUCUCAUUCAGGUUUUGCUGGGGGCUUGUGUGUCUAAACUACAGCUAACAACUACUGCAAUAAUUGGUUGCAUAAACUGAUGAAUAAACAUACAUGACAAAAAAAAAAAAAAGCAAUAAUUUAGAAAUGGCUAAUAAUUUGUGUUUUCACUGCUUGGCCACUCACUGGCCAAUCUAUAAAAAUGUUAACAACUGCCCUGGACUAGCUGAUUCACAUGGGCACAAACUGGGACACAGGGCAGGUGCUUAAAUGGCUUCAAGAAGUAAGGGCUAUGUAAGGAUCCUAAGGGUUCCUGGAUCCCAAAGUAUUUGAAAUGAACACAUAUUGAGGUCAAUGUGUGUGUGUGUGUUUGUAUGUUUUGUUUUUACAGCUGUUAUCAUUGUGAAUUUCUUCAUCACCAAAAGAAGUGUGUGCCUCGCCUUUCAUUUCCAGUUUUGAAUGUGAUUAAAUAAAAUAACCAAGUGUGUGAAAGGUGGUAACAGGAAAAAGUGAAAACAGAAAUCUGUUCCAGUGUUACAGUGGAUUAGCCUAGGAAUAUCUAUCAAAGUCAAUGGCAAAUGCACAAAAAAAAUCAGAGGAAAGGAGAACUCUUUAUAAUCCUGAUUUUUUUAUUUUCUGUGCCAUGUGAACCACUGAAAUCACCAACAUACAAACAAGCACCUUUUUAAUUUUAAUUAAUUUUUUUUCUUGAUUCUAAAGGUUCUUGAAUAAUCACAGGCUUAAGAGAAUUUUUUUUUUUUUUAAAGUCAUUAUAUAUGCACGCCAGGUCUCCUAAUAUUGAAUUUAUAGUAUUUUCAUGCUGAGCAAUAGUAGUGGGUGUGGGCUAUAGCCCCAUCUGAAAUAGUGAAAGGAAUGUAGUAGCUCUUCUGCUGUAGUCACUGCCCAGGAUGGUAUGUGGGCCUAUAGCAUGGAUAAGUCUGUGCCAGGAUUUGUCAGAGCUAUAUUUCUGUCAGUAAUGGAUCUAUUCUGCACAGGUUCUCUCUGCUCCAGAGCAUGCAGCCCCAUUGAGGCUGUGCAGCCUCUGAGCAGCAGUCUGUGCGAGCAGGUAAGUUCCACUGGAACCAGUAGUGAGGACUGCUGCUCUAUCUGCUCUGCACAGGGCUGUGUUACUGGUAACUGCCAAAAGGAGAAGGGGUAGGGAAAAUGAAGAAAAUAUUAAAUAUAAUGUAUUUCUUUUGUUACUUUGGGUCUAAUUUAGAGCAAUAUCUAACUUAAGAAGCUAAACAGUAAAGCUGCAUCUAAUUAGAACCUUUAUGAUGUUGAGACAAGGUUUCUUACUGCUUUAGUCAAUGCAUUUUAGAGGAGAUUUCUAUAAAGUAAAAAAGCUAAACAACCCAGAACACAGUAUAUAGGCAGUUGAAUACAUGUAAUAAAAUCCAUACAUUUUUAGGAACAAAAAAUGUGGCAUAUGAGCAUUUUGUUGACUGGACAAUAACUAGUAGGAACCAAAUAAGGAUGUCAGCAGAAGCUAUCUCAAGCAGUUAAAAAAAAUUCUGCUUCUGCCAUGGUCCCAUAGUUGGGACACACAUGCUUAGCCAAUGCAAAUACUCUAAUCUCUGGCAAGAAAAAAAGAAAAAAAAAAAAAAAGAAAAAAAAUUACUUUAAUUUUCACAUUUCUGUAUAAUUCAAAACUGAUGAAACCAUUUUCUUCCUUCAGAAAAAACACACAUGCAAAUAUAUAUAUACAAUAUAUUUUGAUUGUUUCAUAUGUCUACAUUAGUUAUAAUUUGGAAGUGGAGAUGGCUGAGAACCAGCUAGCAUCUUAACUCAAAAGUUCAUCAAGAAAAAGGAGUACGACUUCAUCACUUUACUUUUAACAUCAUGGGUUGGUGAGAGAGAACAAAUGCUGGUGCUCAGAAAUGAUCUACCUGACUUUGUCAUAUGUAAUAUCCAGUGAAAAAUAUAUCGUCCUGUAAAAAGGGUUUGUACAUAACUUGUACAUGGUUUCAUUUUGUAUUUUUCUCAGAUUAAAAUUUAUGUAUUUGUGUUCUAAAA